AAAAUGUGAAAGUAUUAUUAGUACAUUACCGACUCCACCGGUUUUCGGGGAAUCUGUUUUUGGAAAUAUUACGGUUUUUAUUAAUAUUUCAUAUUUUUCAAAACGCAAUUUCCUCAAAAACGAAUGCGAUACGAUGUUGCCAAAUUUAAACAUACGGUCGAUCUACAUCUGAACAACUUACAUUGUAAAAUAGAAAUAUGGCUGAGCUGGAAAGUGAAGAUAGUUCAGAUGGUACAUUAGUCAUCGAUGAACCGAAUUAUGAUAAUCAAACAAUUGAAGUAUUAGAUCAUUCAGAUUCAGACGUGGAAAUUGUUGAAUUAGAUGAUGAUAUUGUAGAUAACUCAGAUGUGGAAAUUGUUGAACUUGAUGAUGAUAUAGAAGAUAAUUCGGAUGUGGAAAUUGUUGAAUUAGACCAUCAUAUAAAAAAUACUUCUACUUCGUUGAAUCCUUCAGGUUUAUCCACAAAAAUCAGUUUAACAUGUAAACCAUGCUCUAGAAUAUUUUCGACUAACAAUGAUUUACUCAACCACAUCAGAAAGUUUAAAGGAAGGAUAGGAGGUUGUACCAAUUUACCAAGAAAUUUACCAAAUAAUACGAUAGUAAAAAGAAAAACCACUGAAAGCCCUGAAUCUGAGCACUUAAUUAUUAAAAAGAAACGCGGCAGGCCACCAAAAAAGCAUAAUGUUAAUGGACCUCAGUCUCCUGUACCUAUUCUUAAACCUGUUCCUAAAACUAUUCCUCUAUGUCGUCCUUCAAUACCAGAAUUAAUACCAAUAAUCUUCAAGUCUGUUACUAGACCUACUAUUGCAACAAUUAAUAAUAAUACUUUGCCAUCUCUGCGACAAUUAUUAGUCGAUGAAAUUGAACCAGAAUAUCCGUGUACAAUGUGUGGUGAAAUAUUUCGACAUAAUAUUGGCCUUAUAUGUCAUUUGGAUACUAAACACAAAAAUGAAACAACUAAUAAAGAAGACACAGAUAAAAAUAAAAAAUUGGGUGUAAAAAAACGAAUUAUGAAGAAAAAUAUUGUUAGCGAAAUUAAGCAGAUAGAAAAUUAUGAGCCUAUAUCAGAUACCGUUGAUUUAACAUUAGUCCCAGAUUUAAAAAAAGACAGUUUGAUGAAUCGAAUGAAAUCCUAUGUGUAUAGUCUCAACAAAAACCAAGCAAUUUGUCUUCUAUGCAAUAUAGACUUCAAGAAUACCAAAAAAGCAUUAGCUCAUGUUGAAGAUAAACAUAUAAUGGAUAAGAUUGAAUGUGGAUAUUGUAAUAUGAAAUUUGUGUUUGAAUUAAAACUAAGAAGUCAUAUGGCAAAAAGACAUAAAAUAAUUGCUGUUUAUAAAUGUGAUAAAUGUUCAAAGAUGAUAAAUAAAGAAGAAUGUGAUUCACAUUCAGAAAAAUGUAAAGGAAAAGUGAACCCAACAAUAAUCAAAAGAGAAGAAGGUACUAUCUAACAGUUUAUAAAUUUAAAUUAUUUAGUGGUAAGUAACAUUGUUAAUCUAAUACCAAAGUUAAAACAUAAUAAAAAGUAAUCUUUUAGAAUAAAUAGUCAUAAUAUAAAGUAAUCAUUUUAAAUAUAUAGUCAUGAUACUUAGAAAAACUAUAACUAAAAAAUUAUAACUAUACUUUGUUCCAAAAGAGAAUAUACCAGGCUGUGACCAGUUUCCGUCAGGCGGUGCACAUAACAGCAUAAGUGACCAUAUAGUGACCAGUGGAAGGUGAAAAAUAUGCACAGAACUGAUAUAUUCUUAUUUGGAACGGAAGAUAUUUAUCUAUGUUUUAUUUUUACUUAUAAAUGUGAAAUCUUAGUGUAUAAGUCCCAAAAGUAACUUAUAUAAUUAUAUAUAUAAUGUGUUAGAUGAAUGCCGAUGUGUUGUUUUAGAAUUGGGGGAAGUAAAGUAUGUACCUAGUUGGUUGUUUAGAGUUUUCAUUUUUUAUUUAAAGUCGGCAUUUUACUUAUGAAAAACUCAAGUUAGACAUACCAUUUACCAAUUUUUUUAAUGUGAAAGAUACAACAACGGGUUUUCAGUAUUAAUUUAAAUAAAAAAGAGUAUUCAAAUAUAUGUGUUGGUGAAAGUGAUAUGUUACUUAAACAUAAGUGUUUUACAAAAUUUUACUGUAAGAUAGUUAUAUAUUUGAUUACUUUAUUAUUCAAUCAGUAUAUCCGAGUUUCUUAAUAAUAAUGACAAUAGAGUAGUCUAACCUUAAGUUAGAAAUGAAUGAAAUGAAUAUAAAUAUGAAUUGAAACAUUUUUUUUUUUAAUGUACGUGGAUAAAAAUAAUAUUAAUUUUAUCUAGGUAGUAUCUACAUAGAUAUUUACUUCAGAUUUAACUCUGUACUAUUAAUUACUUAGUAUGUCUAGGUAACUGAUAUUUUGCUGAUAAUACUACUCAAUUUAAAUUAAAUUAUUAAAUAUUUACAUAACUUUUUAAGUACCUGCAUAAGAAAUUGUAAAAAACUAAAAUUAAACAACAAAAAUCUCACAUAUAUUUGGCUGUAGUAAGAUAUGAUUAAUAUGAAAUAUUUUAAUUGAAAUUUUUAAGUUUCAAUUACUUAAGAUAUUGAGUGGUGUUAUGUUUAGAAUGUUUUUUUGUGAUAACCUUAUUGAAAAACAUUAAAUAUGGUAGUACAAUUUGUAGAUAACUAAAUUAAAUGAAAUAAUAAUUAAGGAAGCCAUUCUUUGUUACUACUUACUAUCAUAUUUUAUAUAAACUAAAUAAACUGUAUGUGUUGGUCGUAACAAUAUUAUGAAACUAGCUAAAGAAUUUAUAUAAUCUAAUUUUAUUAGAGAUUAUGGGUAACAUUACUUUGAGUGCUCAAAUAUAAAAAUAUAAUAUUAUUUUAUAAGCAAUAAAUAGGUAACUCAAAACCAUAAACAUUUAAAUUUACAAAUAUUAGAAACAAAACAUUGUUAUUUAAAUACAUUUAGAAAUAAUGACCAAAAUGUUUCACAUAUAGUCAAAUGAUAUAAAUAUUUUAUAAAUAUAAAAAUCUAAUUUAAACUUCACUUAUUAUUUUAAUAAUUUUAUCUCAUAGAAAAAAAUGUUAUGUCAUAACCUUUAAUUGAGAGACACCAUUAUGUAUUAUUUUUUUUAUUUGAGUUUUUAUUAAUGUUCUACUAAUAUAUAUGUUCCUAAUGUAUUUAUUUGUUUUAUCCUACAAAUUUAUGUGAUUUGAGUUUUGUUAAAAAUAAGUAGAAGUUAACAAAAUUAUCAUUUAAAACAAUUUCACCAACAUUUUGAUACUUAGUAAUUUUAUUUAAAUAAUGAGAAUUUGUAUUUUGUAUGGAAUAUUUAAUUUUCUUAGUGAUCAUUGAAAUAAUCUUAAAAACCAAUCGUUGAUCAAGUGAGAUAUAUACCUAUUUAAAAAGUCAUUUUUCUAAUAAUAAUUGUCAAACGUUUGUGUACCUAAAUAAAUUAAGUACUACCACUUGAAACAUUUUGAAAUACAUUUUUAAUUUCAACUGGCUCAAUGAUAAAAAUGUUAAUGAUAAUAACAAUAUAUAUAUUUAUAUUAAACACUGUGCUGUGUUAAGUUUUAAUGCUGCCAGCCGCCAGGGCAACAGAAAUAAUUCCAACAUUAGGUUAUAUAAAUGUAGGUAAUUGUUUUCACAAGUAUAGCACUACAAAAUUGCUAUUAGUCUUAACUAAUCUUUUGUUUAACUACAUUUAAAACAUAAAUUCCGUUAAAUUUAUUUUGCCCAUGAUGCGGUAUAAAUUUAAUUAUAUUCUAUUGUAUAUGUUAUAUUAAUGUUCUUAAGGUUCUUGUUUAUCCGCCAACAAUUAAUAUUAAUAAUAUCAUAUAAAUAAAAGCAAAAAAAAUAUAUAUAUGUGUAAAUUAAUAAUAUAUAAUACAACCAUUUAAAUUCAGCAGGAUUUGACAUUAAUAUUUUUUGGUUGGCAGAUUAAUAUAUUCAAUAUUUUGAUGUAAUUUUUAAAAGUCUAGAAAAAUGUAUUUUGAUAAUUAAAUUGCACAAAAUAAUAUUUUUUUUCCAUUAAUUAUGUAGUGAGAAGUUUUUUCUUUGAUAUAAUGAGGUUUUAUUUAUUUUUAAGUUAUAUGAAUUAAAAAUUAAAUACAUUUUAGGCACGCAUGUUAUUUGUAGAUUUUACUUUUUAGUCAUUAUGUUACAAUUUUAAAUAAUAACAGUUCAUUAA